AUGGGGAAAGAUGACUACGAUAUUCUUAUUGAUAAGAUAAGAAAUCGUAUUACUCAUUGGCCGAACCGGUUCUUAUCGAUGGCUGGUAGAUUACAGAUGAUACGCUAUGUUCUUCUGAGCAUUGUGAACUUCUCGAUGGCUGCUUUUCUUUGGUCGGGGCCUGAUCUGAACCAGAGGAAAGCUAAGGUAUUUUGGGAAAUAGUUUGUCGGAGGAAGUGUGAUGGGGGUCUAGGUCUUCGGCCAUUGAAAGAAGCUAACCAAGUCAGUUGUUUAAAACUCAUCUGGAGGACAGUAUCUUCUCAAGCAUCUCUUUGGGCACAGUGGACUAAGGAGAAUCUUUUCAAGAAUGGUUCGUUCUGGUCGAUCAAAGAAACCACCACAAAAGGUUCCUGGAUGUGGCGCAAGCUGGUGAAGCUCCAAGACAAAGCUAAAGACUUUCACAUGAUGAAAGUAGGUGAUGGGAAUAAUACAUCAUUUUGGUUUGAUUGUUGGUCAAGUAUGGGAAGGCUGUACGAUUUGUUUGGUGCACACGGUAGCAUCGAUAUGGGAGUUUCAAGGACUGCAACUGUUGCUGAGGCUUUGAAUAAUCGGAGGAGGAGGAGGCAUAGGGUUGAUGUACUCAAUGAAGUUGAAAAAAUCUGUGAGGAUCAGAGGCUGAAGCUUACUAGAGAACCUGAUGUAGCACUUUGGAAACAAAGUGAAGAAAAGUAUCAAGCAGUUUUCAAGACAAAACAAACAUGGGAACUUAUUCGUAAAGAAGACCCUCCUGUUCAAUGUUGGAGGAGCAUCUGGUAUAGACAUCACAUUCCGAAAUACGCUUUCCUACAUUGGUUAGCGAUUCAGAAUAGAUUGUCGACGGGAGAUCGCAUGUUGGCAUGGAACGUAGGAGCUAAACCAUCUUGGUUCUCUUUACUCGGCAGAGCUCUGGUCGAAACUGGUGCGAGGUUUGUUGCAAAACUCGUCCACAACUCUGUGGUCGAAGCUUAUGGUACUGAUUAUGGACACAAAAGGAGGUUUGAUACUGAUUAUGGACACAAAAGGAGGUUUGCUGGAAAGGUUCCUUGUUCGCUACACAUUGCAAGUUGCUGUCUUUUUCCUUUGGCGGGAGAGAAAUGA